UAGUCGUGCCGCAGCUCCCGUGACGAAAGCAUCGUCAUUCUCAAUCUCGUCAUCGUCAUUAUCAUCAUUUCAAUUAUUCCUGUUAGUUUCAUUAUUCCCAACAUCGAAUUCCCAGUCCUCAAAAUUUCAUGCCUUCCAUCCCACCCCCCGGAACCACUCUAUUCCAAAAAUUUUCCAAAUAUUCCCCCAAAUCAUCGCGUAUUUUUCAGUGUACUCCACCCGAACAUAUCCAAUGAUCAUCGAUGGAGGCAAUCGAGUGCAAGAGUGAUCGAAAAAAAUUGUCUCGCGUUGUAAUUGACCGAUGACUGUGUCGAGUAAAAUAAUAGUGCGGUGACUCGUCUCGGUAGUGACUCGACGCGGAAUUCAAUUGUGGUAUUACCAGAGAAUUUCUCCAGUGAUUGCUACUCUAGGUGUGGCUUAAAAUGAAAUAAUAUUAAAUAUCACCCCCAGCCCCGAGAAUUAGAGGUCCACGCACGUGCGGCUGCAGCCGUCACGCGCACCACUCAUUAGCAUUCUAAUCCCGAUUUACAAUAUCGUGUUGUCAACACUUAUAGCGUCGAGGAUCGACUUAUCAGUCAGUUUUUUUUUUCUGAAUUUUCCAUUGGCGCCUGGUGCAGGUGAUAAGGGAUGCUGAAGCACGUAUCGGUAUCGCCAUGGCGCAGUCGAUCGGACAGCGUGAGUCUGGCGUCGAGCAGCGGUGAUACGAGCAGUUGUGAAAGCGGAAGUCCAACCCCAAGUCACACACCACCACCCUCGAGGGCAUCUUCUUGUGCAUCGCUCGCACCACUCACUGCCCUCUCGAGUUUUUCACCUGCCGACACGGCGCCUCAACAGACGACAAUUAAGGUAUACGCAAACUGCCUGCGGCCUGACAUCGAGUAUAAAACCCUGUCGAUCACUUAUAAAACUACGUGUCGUGAGGUUGUUGAAAAUUUGUUGAACAAGUACAGAAUGCGACACCGUGAUCCCCGGCUUUUUUAUUUGACGAUGGAGGUGACGGUCAGGAGAGCCAACGUAAGGACUAUUUUGCCACUUGACGAGGAUGCAAGACCUGCAGUUUUGCAGUCGUGUCAUCCGAGAGGCGAUUCGAGAUUUUCCCUGCAGACGAGGCGAGGAGGACUCGUGAAAAUUUACGACAGCGCGCUCAUGUCCGGGUCCAAGUACAAAAGCCUCUUGAUCUCGGAGCGGACAUCUGUCGAUGAAUUAAUUCAGAUGCUGCUGAGUUGCUACAACUCCACCGAGAGGGUCGAGCAGUUUUCUCUUUACGAGGUCAGUGAGGGUGAGGAGUACCAAAGAAAAUUGCAUCCUGAUGAUUCACCCCUCAAAGUUACCCAGAAGUGGACAAGUGUGGAUAGACACCUGCGUAUCAGGCGAAAUCCAGAUUACAACCCACACAGGAGAAAGAGUAUGUGGGCAUCGGAGACGACAAUAAGUGCAGCCCUGUCCCGAUUGAACAUCCACAACAAUCAUCGUCUCCAUCAUCUGUCCCAGCAAUCCCUAAAUGACGCCAAUCCCCCGCCAACAGCCAGCACAAACAAUGCCCACUGUAUGUUACUAAGACAGUGCCCCAAGCACAAGAGUAAUCGACACAUGCACAAUCACACGUACAAUUCAAUUCAGAGUAUCGGACUAUCGGGAUCAACGAGUCAGCAGCAGGACUGCGGUACAAGCGUUGUUCCACGUGUUACGAAAUUAUCUGGUCUAAUGCCACAGAGUUUACCUUCAACGCCAUUGACGUCCAAGCAUCUCGCAACACCGGGAUAUGCGGAUUAUGAAAAUUAUCUGUACAUAUGAUAGCGUAAUGAGGUCUUUAUACACUUCCAGGUAUCGUUUUAAAACUGCCUACCCAAUCGUAUGUUCGAUUACUUUUCUGCAAUCGUAUCAUGACUUUUUCUGGACAGUCUUACUGGGAUUUCCAGUUUCUAUUGAGUAACGAUGGCUAGUAAGAAGUGGAGGAGUUUAUUGUGUUAAUUGAUAAGGAAAUGAGACAAAAAUGUACCAAAGGUAGCUGUUUACUGUAUACUAAAAACAGGCAGCGUAUUAUUGAACUGUAGAAUUAAUUAAUUUUAAGGAAUUGUAAGAUGUUGAUGUUUCACGCUCGUGGCACGAAUCCCGGAAGUAAGUGUAACAUGGGAUAUUUCGAGUUUUUUUCGGAGGAAAAUUCAGUUCACUAAUUCAGUUAACGAUAUUCAAAUGAAUUUUCUCUUUUUUUUCGUAAAUGCUGAUUUAUGUGUAAGCCUAUUGGUUUGUCGUAAAAACAUUAGAAGACUUUUUUGCUGGAAAUUGAAUUUCUUGUAACAAAGAUUUUUUGAUAUUUCCUUCUAAAAUUGAUAGUUUUUAAGAUAUAUCUAUGUUCACAAAAAUAUUGAAAAUAGUCAUUGAAGCUCGUUGGAAUUCUGACUUUGGAUGGACGAAUGAAUUUUCCUCCGUUGGCACUUGUAAAAUUACUCUUUGAUGUACAUAAGCAACGGUUCCUUAUUUAUUCUCGAAAAUGAUAACUUUAAUUGUGUUAUUCGAGGCAAAUGUGUUUAUUUGAGUCAAUCGAAGUUGAGUAAUUGUCGGUGCAGUGUUCAAUUUUUUACGUGGAAUCUUUAUCCAAGUAUUUAGAGUCUUGAAUGAAUCCUUCUUUUUUCUAUGGCUUUAUGACUUCACCAACAAAUAAAUGGAGAAAUAAAUAAUGUGACUUGGA